AUGUCUCAGACAAAAGAAUUGGAUAAAUGGAUGAAUGGAUUGGAUGGAUCAUUUUUGUACAAUUAUGAAACAGCAUCAAAUCGGCAUACGAGAAGCGAUCGUGCUCUUUCAGUUGGCUCCAAACAUCGAUCACUUCAACCUGUAAUGUCCGAAUUAGCUUCACGGAUGCCACUUUUUCAAGGUGGUAAACGAAUUAGCUAUCCAUAUGGUUGGAUUAGUGCUACUACCACCAAUACUGCUAAUAUUGCUACUAUUACUACUACUACCACUGCUAAUACUGCUACUACUGCUGCUAAUACUGCCUCUAUUCAACACGAUUUCAUCAUCGAUGAAUCAUCGCAGAAGACUGCAGAAGAUCGUUGUUUAUCAACAGCAAAACUAGGUCACGCUGAACAGAUAUCCUAUCAGACAGCACAUCCCGUUGCAAUGAAACAUCGUGAAAGUCAAGCACUGGAAAGGAAGCCAAGUGUUUCAGCUCAAGUAUUGAGCGCUCUUAUUGGAAAUUCAGGAAGUAGUGCAUAUAGUCGAACUAUGGGUAAAGUUAUGCGAGUUCUUGUGGCUGGAUCGAAAAAGGUAGGAAAAACUGCAUGUUUAGAACAACUCGCUUGUCUUAGCGAUAUCACUGAUCAGCCUUACAUACCUACAAUUGAAGAUACAUAUCAAGUGCAGAUGGAUUAUGGAGAUCGACCUAAAGAAAUUAUGGUUUUUCAUGAUACGGCCGGAAUUAGUGAGAGUGGUCCAAUUGAGCUUAAGCGAUCCUACGUUCAGGUAGCGGAUGCAUUUUUGUUAGUGUACUCGGUUGUUGACCACGAAACCUUCAACAGAAUGGAUAUGUUGAAAAAAACGAUCGAUAAGCAGUUUGGUAAAGAUAAAAAGGAGGUGCCUAUAGUUGUUUUGGGAAAUAUGAUUGAUCUUCCAGGCAGAAAAGUUGAUAGUGAAUUCGCGCGGAGUUGGGCUACCAAAGAAAAAGUAAAAUUAUAUGAAGUGACUGCAAAGAAUCGUAAUACACUGGUUGAUUUAGUGAUGUAUUUGGGUAGCCGACAUUUUCACUCACAACGGGAAUCAAAAUUUUCUCUCUCGAAGAAGCUGAAAGCUGAAAAAUCUAACGCUGCCAUAAUGAUGGAUUUAUGA